AUGGUGCACUUCACGACGUGCGUCCUCAGCGCGCUCCUCUACCUCCAAACCUUGGCCUCGCCCCUCUCCACCACAACACCGCAGCACACCCGCUCCACCUCGGCAGACAACCGCAACUGCACGGCAUCAACCUUUGCCAACACAACGACCUUCACACUGAUCGAAUACCACGUCGAGGCCGUCACACAGGACCUGGCCGGCAACCUCGGCGGCGGCUCGACGCGGUACCGGGCGACGUUCUCUAUCCAAAAUACUGGGAACGGCGACACGUACCGCCUCGUGCGCAUCCCUGUGACUGUCGGGGGCGGCACCUGGAGCGUGUGUCGCGCCGGCGACGGAGCGGGCGCUCUGCCGCUGCCGAAGCAGCUCGCGCGCUGCCAGUAUCUGCUGGAGCACUGGCAGGGGGGUGAGAUUGGGUUCCGGCUGGACUGGUAUUGUGACGGUGGGGAGGGAGGGAAGCCGCUCCUCUUCGACGCCACCGUCAUCGGCCAGCUGCCGGCCGAGACGUGUGUCGUUCUUAACGGAACCGACGGCGUCACGCAGUCGUGCACCCUCGCCGGUGGGGUCACACAGCUCCCGCUCGAGGUUGCGAAUAUUUCGUGGGAGACGGAGUCGGAGCCGGAGGCUACGGAAUGA